AUUUACAUUUACAUUGUUACUUAGACUGGUAGUAGUAGUUACAGUAACAGUAGUAUUACAAGUUUGAAUAAAUUUGGUCCCAUUUCAGCUUUUCGGGGUUGUCCACCGCCCCCUGCUGGACGUUUCGAGGAAGCACUUCACAUCCUCCUCGGGCUCACAGGACGAGUUGUCAUGGCAACUGUACAGCAUGUGCUUACAAAAACAAGAGCUUGACCGUUCACCGACACUUCUGUCGACGUUCGACAUCUACGACGCCAUCUUCUUCUUCUAGCACUAAGCAGAGAGUUAAACCGACCAUACUCGCUUAAACAGAGGGAGGCCGAGGAGAGUCAAGGAUGAGCGGAGCCAAAGCCCGCAGCGACGCGCCUGUUGCUGAAAAUGUCUCCGGCGGCGGGCACAGCACUGCGGCUCCUCCGCGGGAUCGCAAGCCCGGCGGAGGAGUUCUGAAGAGGCUCAAGUCCCGGAGGAGCCAGGUGGACAGCAGGCCCGUCACGGAGGAAGACCUGCGGACACAGAAUGGACACAUCACGCCGGAGGAUGUGUUGGGACUGCGGGUGGCUACGCGAGGGUACCUCUGCAAACCUGAGGACAAUAUUUAUAACAUCGACUUUGUACGUUUUAAGAUCAGAGACCUGGAGACCAACACCGUCCUGUUUGAGAUUGCCAAACCCCCACAUACAGAGGACGAUGAAGAGAACAGAGAGGCAGACGCCAGCACAGGCCGAUUUGUACGCUACCAGUUCACCCCAGCCUUCCUGAGACUGAGGACCGUGGGAGCGACGGUGGAGUUCACAGUUGGAAACCGGCCUCUGAACAACUUCCGCAUGAUCGAGAGACACUACUUUCGCGAUCACCUGCUGAAGAGCUUUGACUUUGACUUUGGCUUCUGUAUCCCAAACAGCCGGAACACCUGUGAGCACAUCUAUGAGUUCCCUCAGCUAUCUGAGAGCCUGGUCCGUCAGAUGGUGGAGUGUCCUUAUGAGACCCGGUCAGACAGCUUCUAUUUCGUCGACAACAGACUGGUCAUGCACAACAAGGCAGACUAUGCUUAUAAUGGAGGACAGUGAUAUCUGCCUGCUAGCAUGCAAACUCGCACACAAACAUGUGCAUGCACACACGUACUCACAUUUAUAGAUAUACAUAUACACACAUGCAUGCACAUGGCUGAACAUACACAUACACUUGGCUCACCCAUACAUGCACAAGCAGCUACAGACGAUUGCCGCUUGUGUUUGCGAGGAGUUGUUAUUCACUGGGGUCAUCUUCUGAGGGUGCAUUUGAUAUUGCAGGAGGUCAAUACGAGUCCAGACAGGAAGCUUCUGUCUGAAAAAAAGCUCAAUACAGGUUAAUUUAUCAGUUAUUUGAUAGGUCUUAUGUCUCUCAGCAAUUUUAAAAGUGUCCUACUACCCCCUCAACACACACACACACACACACACACACAAUCCCCAAGUGACACACAUAGUCUUUACGCAGUGUUUGUCAGAAGCAGCUGUUCUCAGAGCUGCCGCCUCUACAAUCCACUUCAGACAAUAUCAGGGGAAAAAGAGAGAAACCAUCCACAAAAACACUGUCAAACACACAUGGUCACUCCUGAGAUCCCCUCCCCAUCUCGCCGUCCUCUCUUGCUCUCACACACACACACACACACACACACAUACAUACUCACAGACACAUCGACUAUAGUGCUGUUUAAGGUUUUGAUCAAAGGUCUCUGAGAUUAUUGCUAUAUUUUUUGCCUACUUAACAGUUUUCUCUGGUUCAUAGCAACGUGUAAAUAAAUCAGGUUAUGGUUAACUGGGAUAUAACCGUAACCCUGGACUGCAAAAAAAAUCAAAAGUCACUAACCUCAUAUUAUGAACAGUCAAGAAGGGAAUUUCAAGUUUUUUUUUAUAUAUAUAAAAAAAUUCUGUGCAGAGAGUGGCAGAAAUGAUCUGAUAUUGUGAAACAUGUGAUGAUAUGAACCUUAAAAAAGUGAAAAGAUUUGUAAGAAAUUAUGUGGUACUCAGUGUGGGGGAAAAAGUUAAAUAAAAAAGUCCACUUGAUCCACUGAAAAGGUUGGGCUUCCUUUAUUAAAAUCUUUUCCCCCACUGAGUUUAAUUGCCUGUGGUUUUAAUUCAUUCCUUAAUGACAGACGUCUUAAAACAUAAACAAGUUGGAAUAUGAAACUGAGUGGUCUUUCUUCUAGCUAGAUAGUGUACUUCCUAUUUGUACUUUGUAAAUUUCUGUGUUUGUAAAUAUAUAUAUAUAUAUAGUUUGUAAAAAGUGAUCAUAUUGAAUAAAUGUACAUUUUGAGAU